ACGUGACGCGCCGCACGCCACUCGGGCUCGCUCGGCCGCGCUCGCACAACCUCGGCUCGGCGCUCGCGCAUGCUACUACAAUAUUUAUUUACAAACAACCAAACCGGCUUUGACGUUCGUCGUUUUUAAGCUUUAAACAGGAGAAACUAGAGUAGCAGACGGGAUCGCCAUGUCAGUAAUAAUGGACUCUUCCGACCUGGAGAGGGAGUACUCUCCGAGCCAGUGGUCGACGCGCUUCGCCACCUCGCAGGAGGUGCUCCAGAACCACGUGCAACUAGUGACCGCAGCAAGCGAAGAGGCAACCAACAACAUUCCCCAUAAACUAGAGAUCGAAUACGGAGCCACCUUAAAUCAGAAACUCGAUAUUUUCGGCACCGACUUACCAAACGAUUCGCCAAUCCUCGUGUACGUGCACGGCGGCUACUGGCAGGAGUUGAACCGCGAGAUCUCGCGCUACCCGGCCGGGCCGCUGUACCGCGCGCGAGUCAAGACCAUGGUGGUGGGCUACGACCUGUGCCCUUCCGCCACCUUGCCGGAAAUCGUGCAGCAGAUACAGAAUGCCGCCAGAUUCGUGUUCGAGUACGCGGACAAAAUGGGAUCGAGAGGUGUAUACUUCGCUGGUCAUUCAGCCGGCGCCCAUUUGGUGGCCAAGCUUCUGUCAGACGCCGACUUUCUGGACAAUACGCCCGGCUCCAACCACCUGCAGGGCGCCUUCCUCGUCUCCGGCAUCUACGACCUCCGCGAACUAGUCCUCACCUCCGUCAACGACGCCGUCCAGCUUCCCGCCGAGUGGGCUGUCCCGCUCUCCCCACAGUUCGACUGCUACACGCACCUGCAAGCCAGAAGAGUACGACUAUACAUCCUGGCUGGACAAAACGAUAGCCCAGUAUUCAAAAAACAGUCGAGAGAAUUCUAUGAACUUCUGCUGAACACUUGCCUGACCGCUAACAUGUACCUCGAAAUUAAGGAUGACGUGGACCACUUCGAUAUAGUGGAAUGUUUUGCAAAUGACGACAAUUAUCUUAAAAACCUGCUGGUACAUGACAUAAGAAAGCAUUUGUGAUGAGGUGUCAAUGGUAAUUAAGUAUAUAAAACAUACUUAUAUUUGCUUGGUAUGUUGUGUGCCUAAUAAGUAAGUACAUAAGAAAUUCUUUUUUCGUAAUAGCUUUUUAAGUCACAAGCGAUCGUACUUGUCUGGCGUGUUGAUAAAAAAUAAAUAUUGUGUUCAAAUGGCAUUUCAAGAGCAAAUCUUUUUAUAAAUUUUAAGUAUAAACUCUAGUGGGUACGAAGAAGACUGUUAAUUAACAUAGUUUAAUUAAGAAUUAAGAUUUAUGUGUAGUCAAUAAAGUUACUAUUGCGUAAGCAUUUACACUCAAGAGCAAUUAAAACAUGUAAGAUGGGGUAAGAGAAACACUGGGGCAAAAAAACGCCAGUAUAACCCUCAUAUUGUUUAUAUUGGUAGGUAGGUAGUACUAUUAGUUAUGCUUUGUUGCUAGUCUUGCCCCGAGUAAAAUAAAUUAUGGUUCUCUUACUCCACAUGGCAUUAUACAAAUUAUAUCUAAUUUGUAAAUUUUAUUGCUCUUGACGGUAAAAUAGUUAUUUUAAUGUGUGAUGUGUGUGUGUGUGUGUGUGUUAUAUUCUGUUGAUAUUUGUGUAUAAUUGGAUUCAUUGAUAUGACAAUAAUUAAGUACUUACAUUGGUAAACUUAAAACAAAUAAAAAUAUUAUUAUUAAACA